GCUGAGCGCUCUCAAUGCUCACGCUCAGCAUUGUUGCUGUCGCUUCUCAGUUUACCAAUUCCUGGUACUUUGUUUUUACAAAUGUAUUUUAAUGUUUUAUUUUGAAUAAAGUCUUGGAAUCGAAUAAUUUGUUGAAAAGUAGACAAAAGAAAGAAAAGGAUCUGAGAACUUUGAUGUUUAUCAAAUUUUUGCUCAGUAAUCAUAUUUUGAUAACAAGAAGGAUUUGAGACCAAAUAUCGUCUGCAAUGGGCGAUGAUUCAGAAUUAAAAGAUGAGGGUGUGUCUCAAAAAACAGAACAGGAACUUGUCAAGUUAUAUAAGCGUCGUCUGGAAAAUUGGCGUGAAAUCUUGACCCACUUGAAUGCUCUGUUGACAUGGGAAAAACCCUAUUUUCCUGGAAUCAUUGCAGGAGUUGUUACUUUCAUUUUUAUAAUGCUUUGGUACUUUGAUCCAUCAGUAUUAACAACUUUAUCAAUAGUAGGCAUCAUUGCCUGUGUGCUUGAUUAUGUUGUACCUAUUUUGAGUGCAAGCUUUUUUGAUUCAAGUAAAUGGACUGGUGCUCGUGAGCGAAAAUAUGAAGAAAUAUGUGGAAGCCUAGUCAGCUGUUACAUUUUCUUAAAGUCAAUAUGGGACUCAGCUCGGCAGAUAAAGGAAUCUAAGCCUUAUGUUUACUUUGUUGCAGUUUUGGGAACUCUUGUUACAACUGCUUGGAUUGGCAACUGGAUAAACAAUUUGUUCCUGACUUAUUUGAUUGUUCUCUUUGUUUCACUGUUACCUGGUGUGAAAUCCCAGAGUCUUGUUCAGCAAUAUUCAAGUCAGUUGAUGGCGAUGAUCAAAGGAGUCACAGGACAAACAAAAAAGAAGAAAUGAUUCAAUGCUUAAAUCUAUUUCAAAAGAUGUCCAUUAGUGUGCACAAUGAGAUUCUCUUUAAAUAUUUGACUUGCAUUCUACUGCUCAGAUAUUUUGCUGUGAACAAAACACUUGUAUAGGUUGUAGUCAAGAUAGUGAGAUUUUUAUGUUUAUGUAUUAUAGUUUAAAUCACUAAUCAUAACUUUGUGUAUUAAAUUCAAAUCAUUUUUUUUUUUUUUUUGACUAAUGCCAAAUAUUUGCCAAGUUGCUGUUUGUGAACAAUUCCUGGCAUAGCUUUAAGCUUUGCAUGAACUGUGAAGCAUUUGCAGUAUCAUGUGUUACUCAUGUGUAUUUUAAUUGACAUUCUUUCACAUCAUAAAUAAAUAACUAUAACAAACAUAUUUUUGUUUUAAAUUUUACAAUUGCAGUUUUUUUGCAUAGAAUCUGAGUACACUAUACACAAAUAUUCAAUGUCUUUAUUACAUACAUUUGCUUUAUCAGAAAAUGCAAAGAUAAGUCAUAGAAAUGACUAUUCAAAUUUUGUCCACUUUAUUCAAGCUUGAGUUUAUAGCGUAUUGUUUUAGUUUAAACAUUUUAACUGAAUGUGAUACAAUUAAAGCUUUUUCCGUCUUUUUUUCCUGAGAUGCUUAUCUAAAUGUUAGGAUUUUUAUUUAAAUAAGAUAAUUAUUUGUGUAUUUAUGCUCAAAGAUGCUGAAAAGCAUUUUAUUUCUUAAAUAUAUUUUACCUUCUUUAUCAUUUUUUAAAUUCCUGAGACUAUUUUUUAGGUAAAUAAAUAGUACACAACUCAAGUUAAAAAAAAAAAAACACCUUUGUGCACGAACUGUACUGAAAAUAAAAUUUUUUAGGUAAAAACACCUUGAAAUUGAAAACUGACAAUACAGUAUAACCUUAAUUUAACGAUUGCUAUGGGACUGGAAAAAGAUAUCGUUAAACCGAGGGGCUUAGAGAUUCAAUGUAGUCAAAUCCAGACCAGUGAAAUGUAUCAUUAAAUUGAUGAAAUGGUUAAGUUGGGUAUUGUUAAAUCAAAGUUAUGUUGUAUGUGUUCAAACAAGGUGCGCCAUUGAACUCCCUAAAAAGAUGUAUAAGAACAUGGAGCAGAAUUCAUUGUGUUACGCCAUGGAUGAUGUUCUGCCAAUGUUGAUGACUCUUAAAACUUCAAAGUAACUGUAUGAAAAAUAUUCAACCAUAGCUAACAUAAUGUUAAAGGGGAGGAGGGGCAGGGUACGCCCAUUUUCGAAACACCCUGUAUGAGAGAGCAAACAUAUGAAAUGAGUGAAAAAUGUCUACACAAAACAAAAUAUUAAGUGUAUUGUAUUUAUAAAGCUUCUUAGGUUUAAAAAUUAAUAUUUUACAAUACUGACUUUAUCAAGUCAACAUCUUUCACAUUCAGCACAGUAGAAAAGUUUACCUAAAUUUAAAUGAGAGACAAUGGCUAGUUAGGUUAAAAUGAUCAAAUCUGAAACCAAGUAGAAUUAAAUAAUAAAUUUAAAUGUGUGACUUUCUAGAUUUAUAUUCAAUAUGGAAAUUGCAUAUGGGCAAUUUCACGAGUAACUGACUGAAAUUUUAAAAUUGAAACAGGAAGUAUUUUGUAAUGUUCAAUGCAAAAUAUACAUUGUUGGGAUCUUUUCCCAUGGGUUAUUGCAUUUUUUAAGCAUUUUAAGCAUUUUUUUCUUAAUUCCCAAACACAUUUUGGAUUAUUAAAAAAAAAGUUAAAAAUAUGGGAACUGACUAAAAUGUUACUUUCAUAAUUGUCAGCCAAUUAGAACAAUGUUUUUUACUACUUUUUUUAAAUCAUCCAGAAUGCAUUUUGAGAAUUCAGUUAAACCAUUAAAUUCAGCUCAAGAAACACAAUAAUUCGGGAGAAAAGAUCUUUUGUGCAGUUUAUAUUUUGAGUUCAAUGUUACAAAAUACUGUUUCGCUUUAAAAAUGUCAGUCAAUUUCCCUUGGAAUUGCCAUGUUAAAUACUUUACUGCUGCGAAAAAAUUUCGCAUCAUAUAUAGUGGAUUUGAGUUAAUGCCAUUUGUCUUCGAAUGGCUUUCACAAAUAAAGAUGUUAAAAAUUUUUGAAAAAAAUAAAAUAAAAAGUGCUUGUACAUAAAGAUAAAAAUUUACAUGAGAAAUAAUCGUAUAUCAAUAUCUAUCCUUAUGAGUACUCAAAUGAAUUUUCAAUGAAAAAUUGUUUCAUGGAUCAUUUAUUGCUGAUUUUUGAAUACUCUUUGAACAAUUCUAUGCUUGUUUAUAAAAUAAAUAUGUUCU